AUGGCAAACUCGGACGAGUACGAAACUACCGACGUGGUAAUCUGCGGAUGUGGACCAACCGGGGCCAUGCUGUCGGCCUAUCUUGGUCAAAUGUCCAUCAAAAACGUGGUGUUUGAAAAAGAGGACGAGAUACCGACGGACCCACGAGGCAUUGCGUUGGAUGAAGACGGAAUCCGGUUCUUACAAGGCUUGGGAAUAUAUAACGGUAUCUACUCGGAGAUUGGGACAUGUAUGAAUACGUUCAAGUUUGUUGACGGCACAGUUCCGGAUCUGUAUAGGAAGCCCUUCCUGGAAAUGGAUUACAGUACCACAGAAGGCGGUACGGGCCACGUUGGAUUCAUCUGUCACAAGCAGCCAGUGUUAGAAAAACACCUACGAAACAAGAUGGCAGAAAACGGGUUUAGCCAGCUCCGGUCUGGGUGCAUUGUGGUUGGGAUUUCUGAGGAUGAGCAAUGGACGUACUGCGAAUACAUCAACUCCAAGGAUCCAGACAACAAAGGCAUACAGCGCAUACGAUCACGAUUCCUCGUUGGUGCUGAUGGGAAAACCGGGUUUACUCGGAAGAAAUACUUAGAAACCAAGGGGAUCCAAAUGGAGCGAGCACACAACUCCUUCUACGAAGAGACCUGGGUUGCACUCAACUGGCAAAUAUCACUCCCCAGCAAAGACUCUCAUCCCAAUUUCCCCCUUUGGUCGCUAGGAUACACUCCGCAGGAAGUCUUUGAUCUCUUCUUUCCUACCAACUUUCGCUUCCUGUGUAAUCCCAACCGACCAGCAGUCUGUGGGCGCUUCGGGCUCCCUGCGGAUCGUCUAUGGAGGUUUGAAUUUGUCGUCCUCAAGACCGAGGAUGGACAAGAAAUGGCAAAGCCGGAAAUGAUGAAGAAGAUUGUGUUUCCUUAUAUUACACAUCCUGGUCAUCGCUACGGUCUCGUGCAUGACGUUCAGUAUCCGGAGGAUUGUAUCAAUGUGUUGCGGUCACGGCCUUUUAUGUUCUCUGCCAGAAGCUGCAAUAAGUGGUCAGAAGGCCGCGUUAUUCUCUGCGGAGACGCUGCCCAUGUGUUUCCACCGUUUGGCGGUCAAGGAAUUGCAUCCGGAUUUCGCGACGCAAUCUCUCUUGCGUGGCGGCUAGCUGUUCUCUGCCAAACAGCAUCAGCAUCACGGUCUCUUUCACACGAGAGUAUCCUCAGUGCCUGGUUUCUCGAGCGCAAGCAACAACUCGAGGCGUCACUAGAAUCAACAAUCAAAAACGGCGAGUUCGUCACAGAAGGCAACCCCAUCAAAAUCUUCAUUCGCAAUUGGUCUCUGUGGUUCAUGCAAUUGAUUCCUGCGUGGCAGCAUCAGUUGCGCCGUGGUCACCGCAAGGAUAAAAUGGUUCGGUAUGAAUAUACUGCGGGCAUGCCGUUCAUGCCAUCGCUGAAUGGGGGGUUGUGUGUGCCUCAGGUGUAUUGCAAGUCUAGAGAUGGCAAAGUUGCAUUUACCGAUGAUGUUAUCUUUAGGAAUAAAAGAGGCCUGUUUCAGAUACUAAUAUAUUUGAGACAACCGGGCGAGGCCGAUCUGGCUGCUGUGGACAGCGAUUUCUCGGACAUUGAGACCAUGUCUCAGCAGCACAUUUCUGGGGACGACAUCACAUGCAUUGUUGAGAGUAACAUCCAAGAUGCCAUAUAUGACUGUUCACCGUAUCCUCUGUACGCCAUCGCAACAGCCGAGGAAUUUGUCCAGUCAGACUUGUGUCAAGGACGACCAGAGCCGAGAUACUACGAUCCUCAGCGUCUAGGGAAGGAGUUGAAAGGCCAGCGAUACACCGUUCUUCGCCCUGACCGGUUCGUAUUUGCGUCUUGCUCUACGAAGUAUGAGCUGGAACAAGCAGUGGAUGCUCUCGCGUCGUAUUUGACGCAUAACUGA